UGGAAAUCAACCAGCUCUGCCACACUCGGCCCCAAACCUCUUUUCCCUCUCUGUCUCUCUCUGUCUCUCUCAAAACCCCCAAAAGCCAUGAAGUUUGAAAUGGAGGACGUAACAGUCUACUUCCCCUACGACCAUAUAUACCCAGAGCAAUAUGCCUACAUGCUCGAACUCAAGCGAUCCCUGGACGCCAAGGGUCACUGCCUUCUUGAAAUGCCCACAGGCACCGGCAAGACCAUCGCCCUCCUCUCCCUCAUCACCAGCUACGUCCUCUCCAAGCCCCACAACCCCGUCAAGCUCCUCUACUGCACCCGCACCGUCCACGAGAUGGAGAAGACCCUCGCCGAGCUCAAGCUCCUCCACACUUACCAGACCACCCAUCUCGGCGACCGCGCCAAGAUCCUCGCCGUAGGCCUCUCCUCCCGGAAAAACCUCUGCGUCAACCCACGAGUUCUCGCAGCCGAGAACCGGGACUCCGUCGACGCCAGCUGCCGGAGACUCACUGCCACCUGGGUCAGGGCCGCCGCCGCGGCCAACCCGAACGUGCCCACUUGCGAGUUCUUCGAGGAGUAUGAGAAGGCGGGGUCCAGCGCGGUGUUGCCGCCGGGAGUUUAUACAUUGCAGGAUCUGAGGGUGUAUGGAAAGGAGAAAGGGUGGUGUCCAUACUUCUUGGCACGACAUAUGGUGCAGUUUGCAAAUGUGGUAGUUUAUAGUUAUCAGUAUCUCCUGGAUCCUAAGGUGGCCGGGAUUAUAUCCAAGGAAAUGCAGAGGGAGUCUGUUGUGGUGUUUGAUGAGGCACAUAAUAUUGACAAUGUUUGUAUUGAAGCUCUUAGUGUUAGUGUGAGAAGGCAGACACUUGAAGGGGCCAGAAGGAAUCUCAAUAAAAUGCGUCAGGAGAUUGAGAAGUUCAAGGCCACAGAUGCUGGUAGACUGCGUGCAGAAUACAAUCGGCUUGUUGAGGGUUUGGCACAAAGAGGAAACCUGCCUAUCUCGGACACCUGGCUCUCUAAUCCUGCCUUACCUGAUGAUAUUCUGAAGGAGGCUGUGCCAGGAAAUAUUCGCCGAGCAGAGCAUUUUCUGCAUGUCUUACGUAGAUUGGUCCAAUAUCUGGAGGGGCGGCUGGAAACCGAUAAUGUUGAGAAGGAGGGGCCUGUUGCGUUUGUUUCAUCUCUUAAUACCCAUGCUGGAAUUGAUCAAAAAACAUUGAAAUUUUGUUAUGAUCGCCUACAUUCACUGAUGUUGACACUAGAAGUCACCGAUACAGAUGAGUUUUUACAUAUCCAAACAAUAUGUGACUUUGCAACACUUGUGGGGACGUACACUCGUGGUUUUUCAAUUAUAAUUGAACCUUAUGAUGAGAGAAUGCCGCAUAUUCCUGACCCCGUGCUUCAGCUUAGUUGCCAUGAUGCUUCUCUUGCCAUAAAGCCUGUCUUCGAUCGAUUUCAGUCAGUUGUCAUUACAUCUGGAACUCUGAGUCCAAUUGAUCUCUACCCCCGUCUUCUUAACUUCCAUCCAGUUGUUAGUCGAAGUUUUAAAAUGUCCUUAACAAGAGAUUGCAUUUGCCCAAUGGUUCUCACUCGUGGAAGUGAUCAGCUUCCAGUCAGUACCAAAUUUGAUAUGAGAAGUGAUCUUGGUGUUGUAAGGAAUUAUGGGAGGCUCUUGGUGGAGAUGGCAUCUAUUGUUCCAGAUGGGAUUGUAUGCUUUUUUGUCAGUUACUCAUAUAUGGAUGGAAUAGUGAAUAGUUGGAAUGACAACGGAAUUUUGAAGGAAAUAAUGCAGCAUAAGCUUGUCUUCAUUGAGACACAGGAUGUUGUGGAAACUACUUUGGCUCUUGACAACUACCGCAAGGCUUGCGAUUGCGGGAGGGGUGCGAUCUUUUUCUCUGUUGCCAGGGGAAAAGUUGCUGAAGGUAUAGACUUUGAUCGACAUUAUGGUAGACUAGUCAUCAUGUUUGGUGUUCCUUUCCAGUACACAUUGAGCAAGAUUUUGCUUGCCCGAUUGGAAUAUCUACGGGACACCUUUCAGAUAAAGGAAGGAGAUUUUCUGACUUUUGAUGCCUUGAGACAAGCUGCUCAAUGUGUGGGCCGUGUAAUCCGAUCAAAGGCUGAUUAUGGGAUGAUGAUCUUUGCUGACAAAAGGUAUAGCCGUCAUGACAAGCGCUCUAAAUUGCCUGGGUGGAUUCUGUCGCAUUUACGUGAUGCACAUCUGAAUUUGAGCACGGACAUGGCUCUGCAUAUAGCACGGGAGUUCCUUAGGAAGAUGGCUCAACCAUAUGAUAAAGCUGGUAGCAGCAGUAGCAAAACCCUUUUGUCCCAAGAAGAUGUGGAGAAGAUGAGUGAUGCCAACUUGAACGAAAUGUUGUAUUGAGGAUUUAUCUGCCUGCUAGCAAAUUUUCAGUCUGAUGGGUGCUUUUUUGGUGGUUCAUUCUUUCCUUGGUCCAUGCUUGCAAAGAGAAUAAAGUUGGGUAAGUUGUGGAAAAAUUGUGAGAAGAAAAGCUUCUUAUGAAAAAGCAGAAACUACCCAUGUUUUCAAAGCAUUGGUUUUUCCCUGAUAGUGAAAUUUGUGAGUGUUAGAAUGUUUUGAAUGGAUUCACAUGAAUGAAUUUUGUUUUGUUCUCUUUUGUUUUUUGGGGUUUAAAAUUCCUGGUGCAGGUGCAUAUUUUUAGGUAGACAGAAUGUUAUACAUUUAGAUAAUGAUGCAAAUUCUAUUCAAUUUUGCCGCGUUUUUAUCGCUA